UGCUGGUCUGCUGGUGCAUUUUUCCAUUUUGUCCAUUUUCAAUAUUGGAAUAAAACAAUAGCAAUACAAAUGUACCUUACAAAACAACUUGAAGAAAAAAUGGACAAGCAAUUCGGUUACAUUGCUCACUCCAAAGAUGAAACACAUCCUUAGGAAAAAAAAAAAAACCUCUUCCCUACUUUGGCAACAAGUGAUUAUACUGUUGCCAAAGAUUAUAGGCUGAUUUCUCAUGCAGAUCCUCUUUGCUUAUCUUCUUGACCCAUUGUGUGUCCGCCCUGGAGGGCUAUAUAACCAUAGCUGCAGUAUCACCUGUACUUAGCUGCCUCGACAGUACUCCAGGGUUAACCCACUCUGCCAAGCCAAAUCCUAACUUGCAAAAAUGGAGAACGGCACGGAGGGCAAGAACUUCUAUGUUCCCAUGAACAACAGGACGGGGCUUGUGAGGAGUCCUUUUCACUAUACACAAUAUUAUCUGGCAGAUCCAUGGUUUUUUAAACUUCUGGCUUUCUACAUGUUUUUCCUGAUCUGCACUGGCUUCCCCAUCAACGCUCUGACUCUGGUGGUCACAGCUCAGAACAAGAAACUGCGGCAACCUCUCAACUUUAUCCUGGUCAACCUGGCUGUGGCUGGACUGAUCAUGGUCACCUUUGGGUUCACAGUUUGCUUUUAUAGUUCCCUCAUGGGCUAUUUCUCCAUGGGAACCCUGGGCUGUACUAUUGAAGGAUUCAUGUCUACAAUUGGAGGUCAAGUUUCUCUCUGGUCUCUUGUGGUUCUAGCUAUUGAGAGAUACAUUGUGGUCUGCAAACCCAUGGGUAGUUUCAAAUUUACAGCCACCCACGCUUCAGCAGGAUGUGCAUUCACCUGGAUCAUGGCUAUGUCUUGUGCUGUUCCUCCUCUAGUUGGCUGGUCAAGGUACAUUCCUGAGGGUAUUCAGGUUUCCUGUGGACCCGACUACUACACUCUGGCCCCAGGCUACAACAACGAAUCCUUCGUCAUGUACAUGUUCACCUGCCACUUCUGCGUCCCUGUCUCCACCAUCUUCUUCACUUAUGGAAACUUAGUGUGCACAGUGAAGGCGGCUGCAGCACAGCAGCAGGACUCAGUAUCUACCCAGAAGGCUGAAAAGGAAGUGACACGUAUGUGUGUCCUGAUGGUGUUGGGAUUCUUGUUGGCCUGGACUCCAUACGCCAGCUUUGCUGCAUGGAUCUUCUUCAAUAGGGGAGCUGCAUUCUCAGCUACAGCCAUGGCUAUCCCUGCUUUCUUCUCAAAGAGCUCAGCAUUGUUCAACCCAGUCAUCUAUGUGUUGAUGAACAAACAGUUCCGUAACUGCAUGCUGUCCACUAUUGGGAUGGGCGGCAUGGUGGAGGAUGAGACCUCAGUAUCAACUAGCAAGACAGAAGUGUCCACUGCAUCUUAAAUAUGGAGACAUUUUCAUAUACCUGGACAUUUUACUUUCUUUCCUUUCUUCCUUUCUUUUUCUCUGUUUCCUAAGCAAAGACGAAUCUCAACAACUCUAAAGGAUUUUUUCACAUGGACCAAAAACAUUUGAACACAGUGUUAUCAGUUGGUUAUAUACAGAAGUGACUCCAAGAAAUACUGCAGGAUAUUACAAGUCACCUAAAAACCUUUCACACUGUACAGUAUGUGGAGAGUGCAUCACAUGCAAAGCACCAGUUUUCUCUUAUGAUGACCAGGGCCAUUUCUUGUUCAUGUUACAUAAAGUGGAGCAUUAUUUCAAGAAGUUCUGCGGUUAAAUCACAGGUACCAUCAUCAUGACUUCUCACAACAGUGAAAAGCUUGAAUGUGCUGUGAUAUCUGGCAAGCUAUCUGUCCAGUUAGCCCCAUUAGUGACAGGAUUUAAAAAAAAAAAAAUUCAACCAUCAUCAUCUUCAUAAAAAAUGUACCAGCAAUUGUUUUGCUCUGCUUCAUAGAAUCUUUAUUUUGUGAGGGCCAGAAUUGAUUUUCUUGGCUGAUUGUACAUAUAUUUUAUAAAUACAUAUGGCAUUAUA